AUGAUUUUAAGCUUAUUGAUUUUAUAACAAUACUUCCGAUACACAAAUACAAAGUGCAGUAUUAAAUUUACAAUGUUAAGCUACUCUGAAUGAUGAGCACCAUUUUGAGUUGUCAAUAGGUGAACGAUUUGAUUUAAAUAUGAAUGACAAUUUUAUUGGUGGCAAUUUGAGAUUUUCAUUAGUGGGUUCUCAUAGUAGAUAAUUUACUGUAUAAUAACGUUUGCAUUUAGUUGGAAUACAACCACUCAUUGAAGAUUAUGUAACUAUUAAAUAAUGGGGAGAACUCUUAGCCUUAUUGUAAGGAACUUAGCAAUAAUAUUACAUCCAAUAUGGAAUGUGUGAUUUUUAAAAAGCUCCAAUAUUUGAGAACAUAAUUCAAUUAUUACCUAGAAGAAAUUGUGUUGAUCUUACAUAAGAUAGUCUUUCUUCAUUUAUAGUUUUAUGUGUAGAAGAAACUCAUUAUUAUUUAUAAUAUGUCUAAAUAUAUGGAUAAAUUUAAGAAUUCUAGUAUUAAAUGAAAUAGAAAUUCAAGAACUUCAUUAUUAAUAUAAUAAAUGACAUUGUGAUAGUCAUUUAAAUUGCAGAAGAAUGCAUUAUUGAUACUUAUUAUAAGAAAAAAUCAGGUAUGCAAUUAAAUGCAUAAACAUUAUCUGAAUUGAUGAUGUAACAGAUCUCAAACUUAUCAAUUAAUGAUAUUACUAUCAAAGCUAAUUAGAUUAUUAUUGCACAUCAACUUAAUUUUAUUGUUUAUUUAACUGUUGAAAUUGAAAAUGAUUAACCUAUUUUUAUUUUAAUAAAAUCAUUCGUUUUUGAAUAAAAUUUCCUAAAAAUUAGUGCUUACUUAGAUAACUUUUUAAAUCUUAUAGUUGUUGCCCUUAUACCAGAAAAUAGAUUGUAUUUUAUAGAAACGAAUAAAUAAUAUUAAUUAGAUUAUAAAAUUAAUAUUAAAUAAGCAAAUUUGUAAGUAUCUUCAACAUAUUGUUCCAUUCAUGAUGGUAAGAAUCUCAUCAUUUAUAAAUUCAGUGAUUAUUUAAAAACAUUAAUGUUUUAUGAAGAAAUUGAUCUAAUUUAGUAUAUAUUUAAUCCAGAUUUAAAUGAUUUGAUAAUUGUUUAAGAAAAAUAAAUUUCUAGAUUCAUAUUAUCAGAUGGUUAUUUAAUUUUGAUACCACCAAAAGAGAUUAUAAAGACUCCAGUAGAAUUUUCAGUUGUAGCUAGUAGUGAUUUAAUGGAAUGUGAAGCAAGAGUCUCUUAUAUUGUUACAAGUAGUAUAAAUUCACAAUUACUUAAACCUUAUUCUUAUCCAAAUCCAUAUCCUAAUAUUAUAUUCUUUCCUAAAUUCCCCUCUAUUUAUAGUUUAAAUUAAAUAUCAAUAUCAGGUCCAAAUUAAAAAAUGCUUGUAACAGUUAAAGAAAAUGAUUGGUAAUUAAUUAACAUCAUCACUGAUUAUAAAAAGAUUAUACCAAUUUAAGGAUUAAAUAAAAAACAAUUAAAAUUAACUAGCAUUAAUAUUGAAAUAAAUAAACUUAUUAAUUCUAAGAUACAUUUUUUAUUAUAAUAUUAUGAAAAUUAACAAUUAUAAACUGAAUUUUUAUCAUGUGAAUUUAAUAAACAAUAAUUGAAGAUUAAUUGUGAUAAAGAAUAUAUAAUAGAUAUUGAUAAUGUAAUAAAUCAAGAUUAAAUAUUUUAUAAUUAUAAUAUGGAAAAAAAUGAAGUAUAUAUAUAUGUGGUAAAUGUGAAUGAAAUAAUAAUAUACAAAUGGUUUAUUAAUUAAUUGAAUUAAGUGAAUAAAAUAAUGUUAUUUAAUGAGAAUAAUUAGGAAAUGUAAUUGACAAUCUCAUAGAUACUUUAAAUUAAUAAUCUUUUGGUGAUUUUAAGAGGAUAAUGUGUAUAUCUAUAUUAAUUAUUGGGAGAUGCUUAAUUUAGAAUAGAUUAGUAAUUUUUAUAAAAAAAGAAUUAUUUGAAUUAAUUUAAACCUAGUUAAGUUAAAGUUAGUUAAAUUUGGAAUUUAAUUUUUAUUGUUAAUGGAUGUGAUAUACUUGUUAUUUAAUGUUAUGAGACUUGUGAUUUGGUAAAUAAAAUAGUGAUUGAAAAUGCUAUGAGUUUAAUUAUUUAGAUUCAAUUAGAUAAAGUAUUAAUUGUAUUGGCUGAAAUAGAAUCAGAAUUAUCUUUAAUGGAAUAUUUGAUAAAAGAUCCUCAUUAUAUAGUAUUUCAAAAGAAAUUUGAAUCAUAUCAUUUUUGGAUUUAAAAAUAAAUGUUGAAUAAUUAUUAAGAUGAUGUAUUUUAUGUUUAUGCUUAUAGUCCAGUAUUAAAAUAAAGAGUAAUUUUGAUUUAUAAAGUGUUGGUUGAAUUAAGAGAUUCUUUAUUGACUAUGAUUAAUAUAAGUGAGGAUAAUUAAUAAUCAUUAUGUUCAGUAAGUGGUAUGAAUGAAAAAUUAAUGUACAUUCAUAUGGAUAAAUAAGAUAUAAUAUAUUUACUUACAAAUGAUUUACGAUCAACAAUCAAUGUUGAUAAUAAAUUAGAUAAUUUAUUUAUUCAUACAUUAUAAGUUGAAUCCUCUUUUUUUAAUAUUGAUUAUCCACUCUAAUAAAAAUAUCAAUAGACUAUUAAAUUUGUAGAUUUAAAAACUAUUAUUUAUAAAAAGAAUGAUUUAAUAGAAUUAAAAAUAACAGAAGAUACAAAAAUACCUAUAGAUACAUCAUUUUUUACUGGUUUAAUAACUAAUUUAAAAGCUGAUAAUGCAUUAUUAUAAAUUCAGAAAUCUGUUGAAUUGACAGAUACAAAACGUAUAUUUAAAUCAGAUGUUAUUAAUUCUUGUUAAAUUGAUUAAAUUACUGUUAUAUUAACUCUUAAUAGUAUUUAAUUUGUAUACUUUAAUUUAAUCGAUUAUUAUGAAUCAUUAGAUAUUACUGAUUUAAAGGCUGAACUUGGGAAUGUUUUUUGUAGUUCUUAAAUAAGCAAUUUAAUUGCCUUCAGAUAUUUUAAUAUUUCUGGUUAAUAUAUAUAAUUUAUUUAAUGUACUUAAUAAAAAUGUUUGAAAUAAGGAAAUCCUUAAUUUAUGAAAGAGGAUGAAUAUAUUUUUACAUUAAUGAUUAUCAAUUCUACAUUAAUUACUCUUAGUAAAGAUCCAAAAUAUAAUUAAACUUUAUUAAAUAUUUAUGAUAUUAAAAAGAAUGAAUUUUAGAUCUCAUUAUACCUAGUAGACAAGAUUGACAAAUAAAAAGCAAAUCAAGACUUUAAUAUAAAGUAUAUUAGUAUGCAAUCAUAUUAAGUAAAUGGAAUUAUGAUAUACAAAUUAUUUUUAACUGAAAAUAAUAAUGGUCUAUUAUAUGUUGAUUUGGCUUAAGAAAAGUAUAUGACAAUCAAAUCUAAUGUGAUAAAUCUUAAUUUGUAGACUCUUCUAUAAAGUAAUGGAUUAUUUGAAGUAGAUGAUUAACUCUAUCUAAGUACUCUAUCCACUUAAGAUCCAAAAGACUUUCAUAUAGAAGGUUAUACUGAAUUUUAUCUUCUUAUUAUAACAACUAAUUCCCUUCAUUAUGGAUUAAUUGUACAAUUCAGAGGAUCAAAAUUAUCUGACACCACUAUAGCCUAUCUGUUACAUACUCAUUAAUUAUGGUCUGUAGUUUCCUUCACUUAAGUUAAAUAAUCUUAUUUAGCACUUGGAUAUCUUGUGCCUGAUAAAGAAGGAUUGAUGAUUGCUAUUUACAAAAUACCAACUACAAUAUCUACUAAUUUAAAAUUGAGUCCCAUUUUGGUUCAUGGUGCAAUUACUACAUUACUUGAUAGAAAUCUAAAUUUAUUGAUGUAUUUACUAGAAAAUGAUGGAUAAGAUGUUUUCCUUUAUUUUAAAGAUAAGGAUUCAUUCACAAUAUUUUAAGCCAAAAUUUUUAAUGAUUCUUAUUUAAUUAUCAAUAGUAGUGUAAAGAAUCAUGAAUUUACUUUAGUGGCAAGUAAUUAUUAUUAUGAGAAUUCAAUAUAAAUAUUAAUUUAGAAUUAAGUAAAGAAAGGAGGAUUUGGAGUUGUAGUAAGAUAUUGAUUAUUAAUUUUAGAUGGUUCUUUUGAUACUAAUUGUUUGUAUAUUAGUAUUAGCUUUAUUGGCUUACUUGUUUUUUAAGAUUCGCUCUAAAGAUUAAGUAGUUGAUUCAAUUACUUUAUUAGAAUGA